UAUUGGUGGAACCACAACAUUGGUUGGUUACAUUGUAGUGAGUACCGGAGACGUAGUAACGGAGCGAUGCUUACGGAUUUUUUACGGAGACGACUGUAACGGACUGUGGAGCUAUAUUCUAUGGGUUUUCAGAUUUGUAUAUUUGCGGUGUCGGCGGUUGGAAUUAAGGCCAGGGAACCAGGGGGCAGGCAGUUUCAGCCGGGGCCCAGCCAGGGGAAUCCCAGCGUGUGAUGGCCCAGGUCCAGCGAUCCUCUGUCCUGCCCUCCUUUCGGCUAUUGGAUCACUAGGGCCGGCCGGCGGGACUGUUGUGUUGUCUUGGGAUAUUUACACUGUGCUUCUGAAUACUGGUGCGUUGGAAAGGAGCUGUUUUAUUUUCUGUGAACACUGUAUGUUGCCUGGGUGUGGGGGACCCGUGGAAUGCUGUUGGUUCCCAUGAGUCUGCCCGUGUGGAAUAAACUCGUCGAUCGAGACCAAGAUGCCUACAUCUGGAAGGACGGGCAGGAUGCAGCUAUUAAAAACGUAAUGAUAGCUGCUCCUGUUGUUUCCAAAGGUGUGACAACCUUGGAGUUAACUGUGGGGCUGUGGAACUAAGAUGUCCUUAAGCAGUGGAGCCUCUGGAGGGAAAGGAGUGGAUGCGAAUCCAGUGGACGUGUACGACAGUAGCGAAGAGUGGGACAUAGGUGUGGGAAACUUGAUUAUCGACCUAGAAGCGGAUCUGGAGAAAGAUCAGCAAAAGUUAGAUAUGUCAGGAUCCAAGGAGACUAGUCUUCCAGCCCCCAAUGCAGUGGCGACUUUGCCAGAUAACAUCAAAUUUGUAACCCCAGUUCAGGUUCCACAAGGGAAAGAGAGCAAGUCCAAAUCCAAGAGAAGUAAGAGUACAAAAGAUGGUGGUAAGCCUGUGGUGACUGCCUCAUUAUAUGUGGCCAAUGAAGGUGCAAGCAACAAAAAAGACAGUCAAGGACGCCUAGGGGAUAGCAUGAGCCCUAACAGCAUAGGAACUGCUGUGUCUUCCAAAGGAGCAGAAAAGAGCAGCAAAACAUCACGAAGCACAGCCAGUUCUAAGAAAGAAAAGGAGAGUGGGUCUAGUAAAAGUAAGAAGGACAGAAGUGAGAAUAUUGUAUCAGUCAUUGACAAAGAAGCUGGUAUUCUGCAGCCCCUGGCCUUGGCUCCAAGGUCGGGUCAGUAUGACUGUGUACAAGGAACAGAUGUAAUCCCCACAGCAGAGCAACUGGGAGCUGUAGCAAUUGAUACUGGAGUGGUUCUUACUCCACUUGGAAUUAAAAGUGAACCAGAGGAGACAGAUGGGGAAUGCCGGCCUGUGAGAAAGAUCAGAGCUGAAAAGGUAAGCUUGUUCCGUUUUAUGUUCAGUUAUUUGGUUAUUUAUAUUAUUUAUUUAUUUGCCUUUGCUUACUGGGAAAGUGACACUGAGUAA